AUGAGGAGACUGAGUUUGUGGUGGCUGCUGAGCAGGGUCUGUCUGCUGCUGCCGCCGCCCUGCGCUCUGGUGCUGGCCGGGGUGCCCGGAUCCUCCUCGCACCCGCAGCCCUGCCAGAUCCUCAAGCGCAUCGGGCACGCGGUGAGGGUGGGCGCGGUGCACUUGCAGCCCUGGACCACGGCCCCCCGCGCCGCCAGCCGCGCUCUGGACGGCAGCCGAGCAGGCGCCCAGCGGGAUGAGCCCGAGCCAGGGACUUGGCGACCCCCGGCGCCCUCGCCGGGCGCACGCUGGUUGGGGAGCGCCCUGCACGGCCGGGGCCCGCCGCGCGCCCGGAAGCCGGGGGAGGGCGCCGCGGCGGAGACCCUGUGGCCUCGGGACGCCCUCCUCUUCGCCGUGGACAACCUAAACCGCGUGGAAGGGCUGCUGCCCUACAACCUGUCUUUGGAAGUAGUGAUGGCCAUCGAGGCGGGCUUGGGCGAUCUGCCGCUCUUGCCCUUCUCCUCCCCAAGCUCGCCGUGGAGCAGUGACCCUUUCUCCUUUCUGCAGAGCGUGUGCCACACCGUGGUCGUGCAGGGGGUGUCGGCGCUGCUCGCCUUCCCCCAGAGCCAGGGCGAGAUGAUGGAGCUCGACUUGGUCAGCUCUGUCCUGCACAUUCCAGUGAUCAGCAUCGUGCGCCACGAGUUUCCGCGGGAGAGUCAGAAUCCCCUUCACCUACAGCUGAGUUUAGAAAAUUCAUUAAGUUCUGACGCUGAUGUCACUGUCUCAGUCCUGACCAUGAACAACUGGUACAAUUUUAGCUUGUUGCUGUGCCAGGAAGACUGGAACAUCACCGACUUCCUCAUCCUUACCCAGAAUAAUUCCAAGUUCCACCUCGGGUCUAUCAUCAACAUCACCACCAACCUCUCCUCCACCGAGGACCUCUUGAGCUUCCUGCAGGUCCAGCUUGAGAGUAUUAAGAACACCACGCCCACAAUGGUGAUGUUUGGCUGUGACAUGGAAAGUAUCCGACGGAUUUUUGAAAUUACCACCCAGUUUGGAGUAAUUCCCCCUGAGCUUCGUUGGGUGCUAGGGGAUUCUCAAAACGUCGAGGAACUGAGGACAGAAGGUCUGCCCCUAGGGCUCAUUGCUCAUGGAAAAACAACACAGUCCAUCUUUGAGUACUAUGUACAAGAUGCCAUGGAGCUGGUCGCAAGAGCUGUAGCCACAGCCACCAUGAUCCAGCCAGAACUUGCUCUUAUUCCCAGCACGAUGAACUGCAUGGAUGUGGAAACUGCAAAUCUCACUUCAGGACAAUAUUUAUCAAGGUUUCUAGCUAACACCACUUUCAGAGGCCUCAGUGGUUCCAUCAGAGUAAAAGGUUCCACUAUCAUCAGCUCAGAAAACAACUUUUUCAUCUGGAAUCUGCAACAUGACCCCAUGGGAAAGCCAAUGUGGACCCGCCUGGGCAGAUGGCAAGGGGGGAAGAUUGUCAUGGACUAUGGAAUAUGGCCAGAGCAGGCCCAGAGGCACAAAACCCACUUCCAACAUCCAAGUAAACUACACCUGAGAGUGGUUACCCUGAUCGAGCAUCCAUUUGUCUUCACGCGGGAGGUAGAUGAUGAAGGCUUGUGUCCUGCUGGCCAACUCUGUCUAAACCCCUUGACUAAUGACUCUUCUGUAUUGGACGGCCUUUUUAGCAGCCUCCAUAGCAGUAAUGAUACAGUGCCCAUCAAAUUCAAGAAGUGCUGCUAUGGAUAUUGCAUUGAUCUGCUGGAAAAGCUAGCGGAAGACAUGAACUUUGACUUUGACCUCUAUAUUGUUGGGGAUGGCAAGUAUGGAGCCUGGAAAAAUGGGCACUGGACUGGGCUGGUGGGUGAUCUUCUGAGUGGGUCAGCCCACCUGGCAGUCACUUCCUUCAGCAUCAAUACUGCACGAAGCCAGGUGAUCGAUUUUACUAGCCCUUUCUUUUCCACCAGCUUGGGCAUCUUAGUGAGGACCCGAGACACAGCGGCUCCCAUUGGAGCCUUCAUGUGGCCACUCCACUGGACAAUGUGGCUGGGGAUUUUUGUGGCUCUGCACAUCACUGCCAUCUUCCUCACUCUGUAUGAAUGGAAGAGCCCCUUUGGUAUGACUCCCAAGGGGCGAAAUAGAAGUAAAGUCUUCUCCUUCUCUUCAGCCUUGAAUGUCUGUUAUGCCCUCUUGUUUGGUAGAACAGCAGCCAUCAAACCCCCCAAAUGCUGGACUGGCAGGUUUCUAAUGAACCUUUGGGCCAUUUUCUGUAUGUUUUGCCUCUCUACAUACACGGCGAACUUGGCUGCUGUCAUGGUAGGCGAGAAGAUCUAUGAAGAGCUUUCUGGAAUACACGAUCCUAAGCUACAUCAUCCCUCUCAAGGCUUCCGCUUUGGAACUGUCCGGGAAAGCAGUGCUGAAGAUUAUGUGAGGCAAAGCUUCCCAGAGAUGCAUGAGUAUAUGAGAAGGUACAACGUUCCAGCUACCCCUGAUGGAGUGGAGUUUUUGAAGAAUGAUCCAGAGAAACUAGACGCCUUCAUCAUGGACAAAGCCCUUCUGGAUUAUGAAGUGUCAAUAGAUGCUGACUGCAAACUUCUAACAGUGGGGAAGCCAUUUGCUAUAGAAGGAUAUGGCAUUGGUCUUCCACCCAACUCUCCACUGACUUCCAAUAUAUCCGAGCUAAUCAGUCAGUACAAGUCUCAUGGAUUCAUGGAUGUGCUGCAUGACAAAUGGUACAAGGUGGUUCCCUGUGGAAAGAGAAGCUUUGCUGUCACUGAGACUUUGCAAAUGGGCAUCAAACACUUCUCUGGACUCUUCGUGCUGCUGUGCGUCGGAUUUGGUCUGUCCAUCUUGACCACCAUUGGUGAGCACAUAGUGUACAGGCUGCUGCUUCCACGAAUCAAGAACAAAUCUAGGCUGCAGUACUGGCUCCACACCAGCCAGAGAUUACAUAGAGCACUCAACACAUCAUUUGUAGAGGAAAAGCAGCAGCGUUUCAAGACUAAACGUGUGGAAAAAAGGUCCAAUGUGGGACCCCGUCAGCAUUCCAGUGUGUGGAAUACUUCCAGUCUGAGUCAUGACAACCGGCGGAAAUACAUCUUUAGUGACGAAGGAGGACAAAACCAGCUGGGCAUCCAGGCCCACCAGGACAUCCCACUCCCUCCGAGAAGAAGAGAGCUCCCUGCCUCGCUGACCACCAAUGGAAAGGCGGACUCCCUAAAUGGAGCUCGGAACUCAGUGAUGCAGGAACUCUCAGAGCUCGAGAAGCAGAUUCAGGUGAUCCGGCAGGAGCUGCAGCUGGCCGUGAGCAGGAAAACGGAGCUGGAAGAGUAUCAAAGGACAAACCGGACUUGUGAGUCCUAGGUGACCGUGCUGCUCCCCUUCUCAGUUCCUGGCAUUCCUCUGAGCCCUUGAGACACUUUGUAAUGCUCUUUUGUAACUACUGACACAAGUGUGGGGAAGGUGAGGUCUAAGUCUUCUUAGAGGUCAAGUCUGCUCAUCCCAUAGCCUAAAACGCAACCACAGCUCUUCAGAAGCUGACUCUCUAGCUCUCCAGGGUAGGGGUAUUUCAAGAGCAGGGAUCGUAAAUUAAGAGUAAACUGCGUGGUAAAGGGUCUGUAAAUGACCGGGCAACCCCAGCUCCUGAAAACCUUUUCAUCGGGUGCCACACACAUAGUUCUGGGUUUUAGCCCUUUCUCUGCCCUAACACCAACAGGAGAUAAAACUGUUCCUCAUACCUGGUUUUAAUCUUUGUAUAGAACAGGAUUAUCCAGGGUUGGGGCUUUUGAUACAAGUCUCCCAUCUACAUUUGUUCCUACAUUCUGAAUGUAGAGCCAGACAAGGGCCAGAGAAAGGGCAGUGAGGCGGGUAUGUAAAACAUUAAGUGAACUCAUUAGCAUCACAGCAGACCAAGGACUGACUGGAUCAGGCAACAGCCAUGUUUUUGAGAGGGUCCUGAUCUCCGACACCAUCCUGACCCACAUUUAGUAGGACUAUGAAAGGGGAGAGGGAUGUGGUGAGUGAGUGGGAACAGGACAGACAGAAGAGGUGAGUACAUUAAAAAUGUACACCAUGCUGAAGAACAAAAGCUCCAGGCCAGAAAAGCUCUUUGGCUAAGGAAUGAAUAGGACUGUACUUCCAAUCUAAGCGUCUCCACUAGAGUGUGCCUUUUAUAAAGAAAAGCAAAGCACGGAUGUGGCCUUAGGAUGAUACUGGAAUAUCCCUGCUUAUUGCCUGUACGGGACAUGUGAGCUGGCACUGUGGGUGAAGUGAAAAUGCUCUGCAAACCACAUUCCAGGCCAUUUUCAAAUCAGCACUUGCCUCAGCUCUAGGAAUCCCAAAAUCAAACCUCCCCUGCAAACACCAAGCUUUAACAUUUGGGACUGUCCCCUGUGUUGUCCAGAGCUAUAUUGGUCACUACCCAGUCCAUCUCCCAGCCCCACACCCACUCAUCCCUGAGGGGCUGUGACCAGGUGUGGUCCCUCCCUUCUCCCCCAGGCCCCACCCAAUGCCCCGAGAAAGUGAUACCAGUACCCUGGCUUCCCCUCUGUGCCAGCAUCCAUGUCCUGGCAGGAAGGGAAAGUCCUGGCCAACUAUGGAACAUCAGUUCCCAGGGCUAGUGUAGGUAGGAAGCAUCUAGGAACCCAUUAGAACGUGAUUGCCAGGGCCUUCCCCCAGCAGAUGGGGUGAGCUGGGGAGUCUGGAGGUGAGCUCAGAAACCUACUUCUUAACGAACUCUCCCAGGUGAUGGACAGGUGUGAUCCAACAAUUACUUUUCAAGAAACACUUCAAGAAGUAUGGCUGCUCCAGGCCCGGGGAGAAGUAAGAGCCUUUUUGAGUUUAUGUUGCAGCUGACUGACCUUCCAUACAGCCACUUCCACCCCAGGGCACCAUUCAGGACUAGACUUCUUUACUUACCAGUUAUGUUGCUCCGCCCUCAUAUCAAAUGGAACGCCCACAAUGAAUUCACAGCACUGUCCCAAAGCACGGUGCUCUGUAACAGCUGCCCAUCAUUGGAAAGG